UUCUGGUCACAAAAAACAAAUCUCCACACAAUCCAGCUGAGGUAUUACAUUGUAUUGCCUUACGUUUACUGCUAUUAUAGUCUGCAUUCUGCUAAAUCCAGCGGUAUAACUUGUGAUGUGGGAGAAGGGCGGCUCUCUUUGUGGAGGGGGCCGAGGACAAGACAUCACCAGGUAAAGGGAGGGGGAGGGGUGGUGAGUGCUGCUAAGAUUAAUUUGGAAGACUUUUAGGCAGUUUUUUUUUUUAGGGUGGGUGCUUCAAGUAGAUGGCAGUGAUGAAUAAGGAGGGGAAAAACAGUAUGGAUACCAGCAAAUAUGUGCGUUAUACUUCUGAGCAGGUGGAGGCCCUGGAGAGGGUUUACAGCGAGUGUCCCAAGCCUAGCUCCCUCAGAAGACAGCAGCUGAUUAGAGAGUGUCCUAUUCUUUCUAAUAUUGAGCCCAAGCAGAUUAAAGUGUGGUUUCAGAAUCGCAGGUGUCGAGAAAAACAGAGGAAGGAGGCAUCACGCCUUCAGACUGUUAACAGAAAGCUUACUGCGAUGAACAAGCUGCUCAUGGAGGAGAAUGAUCGCCUUCAGAAGCAAGUUUCUCAGUUGGUGUACGAGAAUAACUAUAUGAGACAACAGCUGCAGAAUGCAUCUGUGGCCACCACAGAUACAAGCUGUGAGUCUGUGGUGACUAGCGGUCAGCACCAACAUAACCCAACACCUCAGCAUCCCCUCAGGGAUGCUAGCCCCGCUGGACUCCUGUCUAUUGCAGAGGAGACCUUGGCAGAGUUCCUUUUAAAGGCUACAGGAACUGCUGUCGAUUGGGUCCAGAUGCCUGGGAUGAAGCCUGGUCCGGAUUCGAUUGGUAUUGUAGCUAUUUCUCACAGUUGUACUGGAGUAGCUGCACGCGCUUGUGGUCUUGUAGGAUUGGAACCUACUAAGGUUGCAGAGAUUCUCAAAGAUCGCCCAUCUUGGCUUCGGGAUUGUCGCUGCCUUGAUGUGCUGACUGCCUUUCCUACUGGAAAUGGUGGAACCAUUGAGCUUUUAUACAUGCAGACGUAUGCCCCCACUACUUUAGCUUCUGCCAGAGACUUUUGGACUCUGAGAUACACAACAGUAUUGGAAGAUGGCAGUCUGGUGGUUUGUGAAAGGUCCUUAAAUAGCACACAAGGAGGUCCGAGCAUGCCACCUGUGCCACACUUUGUGAGAGCUGAAAUGCUUCCCAGUGGAUAUUUGAUACGACCUUGUGAGGGUGGUGGCUCCAUAAUUCGGAUUGUUGACCAUAUGGAUUUAGAGCCUUGGAGCGUACCUGAAGUGUUACGCCCUCUAUAUGAGUCAUCCACCAUACUUGCCCAAAAGAUGACAAUUGCAGCACUUCGUCGUCUACGCCAAAUUGCACAGGAGGUUACAGGUGAAGUAGUUUUUGGUUGGGGUAGGCAGCCAGCUGUUCUGCGGACAUUUAGCCAGAGAUUAAGCAGGGGUUUCAAUGAGGCUGUGAAUGGCUUUACGGAUGAUGGUUGGUCUUUGAUGGUGAGUGAUGGGGUUGAGGAUGUAACUAUUGUUAUAAAUUCAUCUCCCAGCAAGCUUGUUGGAUCUCAAGUUAAUUCUUCAAAUGGGCUCACAACUUUGGGUGGUGGCAUCUUGUGUGCAAAGGCAUCUAUGCUCCUACAGAAUGUGCCUCCAGCAUUACUGGUUCGCUUCUUACGCGAACAUAGAUCAGAGUGGGCAGAUUGCAGUAUGGAUGCUUAUUCAGCAGCUGCAUUGAAGGCAGGCCCUUAUGGUCUUCCAGGAUCAAGGGGAGGAGGAUUUUCAGGGAGUCAAGUGAUCCUCCCCCUAGCACAUACUGUGGAACAUGAGGAGUUUCUGGAGGUUAUCAAAUUGGAAGGACAUGGGCUUACACAGGAAGAAGCUGUGUUGUCUAGAGAUAUGUUUCUCUUGCAGCUUUGCAGUGGAAUUGAUGAGAGUGCAGCUGGUGCGUGUGCCCAACUGGUGUUUGCCCCAAUUGAUGAAUCAUUUGCUGAUGAUGCUCCUCUGCUCCCUUCUGGUUUCCGAGUUAUUCCUUUGGAAUCCCGAACAGAUGUAUCUGCUGGUGCCAAUCGUACAUUGGAUUUGGCUUCUGCUCUGGAGGUUGGAUCGACGGGAACCAGAGCUUCUGGUGAUUCUGGAGCCAACUCAAAUUUGAGAUCUGUGUUAACUAUUGCAUUUCAGUUUACUUAUGAAAAUCACCUGAGAGAAAAUGUGGCUGCUAUGGCCCGGCAAUAUGUUCGUAGUGUUGUAGCAUCUGUCCAGAGGGUUGCUAUGGCACUAGCUCCUUCACGGUUAAAUCCACAUAUAGGGCCAAGGCCACCUCCAGGCACUCCAGAAGCUAUAACACUAGCACGUUGGAUCUGUCAUAGCUACAGACUUCAUCUAGGUGUGGACCUUCUUCGUGUUGAUUGUGAAGCAAGUGACUCUUUGCUUAAAAUGCUUUGGCACCAUUCAGAUGCAAUCAUGUGCUGUUCAUUGAAGUCAUUACCAGUUUUCACAUUUGCAAAUCAGGCAGGCCUGGAUAUGCUAGAGACCACACUGGUGGCUUUGCAAGAUAUUUCACUGGACAAAAUACUUGAUGAAAAUGGACGCAAAAGUUUGUGCACUGAUUUUGCUCAAAUUAUGCAACAGGGUUAUGCUUAUCUUCCCGCUGGGAUAUGUGUUUCAAGUAUGGGGAGGCCUGUGUCAUAUGAUCGAGCUAUAGCUUGGAAGGUUCUAAAUGAUGAAGACAGCACUCACUGUGUGGUUUUCAUGUUUAUGAGUUGGUCUUUUAUGUGACCAUUUUGUUAAUGCAGCAUAGUAGAUGGAUUCUCAGUUUUGUGGAACUUAAGUUAUCUGUUAAGUUAUCGUCUUAUAAGCUUAUAUAGCUAAGACUGAUGCUUCUGCACUUAAAGAACUGGAUGGUGGAUUGCAAUGCAGCACUGUGGUUGCAUUUUCUUAUGUUUGAAGACUCUUGAAAAGAGAAAUUUCAUAAAACUGCAAUGUUUUGCUUUCAGUUAUAUAAUAUAUAUAAUGACCACUAUUUAUAUA